AUGGCAACGCUCACCGACAAUGAGCUAGCGUAUGCUGCACAGUCCUUUCAGACGGCAAAUUACUCGUAUGUCUCGGUCAUCACCAUAUGGCUGUACGACUACUUCUUAACGCUUGAUGAUGAGAUUCGAUACCUUCGUAACUCGAAUCUUACCAAAGUCAAGGUGCUGUAUAUCGCUACUCGUAGCUUACCCUUUGCGAUGCUUGGAAUAUGGGGACCCAAGUACUUGAAGCAUAACACUGUCAAUCAAUGCAAUGUUCUGGGCACGCCAGCCGGUGCUGUUAACGCGCUCAUGAUAGUGUGCGCAGAAUCCAUGUUCAUAGUCCGAACUUACGCAUUAUGGGGCUUGAACAAGCGAAUACUAGACCUAGUGUUAACGACGUUUAUUACUGUUGCCGCUGCUGCUAUAGGCAUCGUCUUCGUGCCCGACGGCACUACUGUAUUCGUAUCGCUUCCUAUAUCCAUCACGGGCUGUUUCAUGUUGAAACAAGGAAAUCUAUUCGCGGUUACAUUCGCUCUCUUGAUCGUGUUCGAGCUAGAGCUUGUUACCCUCACCGUCAUACGUGUAAUCAAAGUGCAUCAGUAUGCGAGAGGUGAUCUAGCACGAACAUUGAUCCAGCACAACGUUUUUUACUUCGUCUGCGGUCUAUUCUUUUCUAUACUGAACAUCAUCACUGUCGUCAGCCUGAAAUAUGGGUACAGCGGAAUGCUAGACAAGUCAGCCGCCAUUUGCACCUCCUCUUAA